AUGCUUUUCAAGACCAUCACUACCGCCGUCACCCUCGUGGGAUUGGUAUCCGCCGCGCCUUUCAGUUCCUACCCUCCUCCAUGUGCAACCAUUUGCCAGAAUGGCAUCGAUGACUGUGGUCAACCUUGGGGAGGCUGCUGGGACAUUUGUAAACCUGAGGAGUCUCCUACACCACCACCUUGCACAGUCACUUAUACACCAACCAUCUCCCCUAUUACUCCCGAUCCUCCUAUCACCCUUCCUGUCAUUACUCCUGACCCAACUAUCACUUUGCCGAUUAUCACGGGCGACGGUGACACGACCUCCAUCAUUCCCACCCCUCGAUUGGUCGAUUAA